AUGGUGUGGGGCUCGGACUCCAUGAUGAAACUCACAACUAGGUUGGAAGAACUCUUUCAUCUGUCCCAAGUAAAUGAGCACCUCAUCGACUACAUCCACGAGAUCCAUCUUCAACUCGAACUCUCCAAAUCUGUUUCAUGGAUCACAGAGGAAGGCCCAUUUCAAGAAAUUAUGGCGAUGAAAGCAGCCUCUCGGACCACGCUGCGCAAGCUAACCAUAGAAGGGACGCGAUAUGGCAUGCACUACUUCGAAAAUGGCUUCGUAUCAAAAUUCAUACGCCCAUUUAUAUCGCCCUUCAUCGUCUGCCUGCACCUUAAAUCCAUCCCCACCGCUCCACUUGACGCAAUUGCCGGUUGUGUUCAGCUGCAAGAGCUCGUAUUAGACUUCGUUGAUAUAUUCUACGUCUCCUUCAUUCCCAACUCGACACUCCCGCUCCCUCGCAUCAAGAAACUGGGAUACAGAUUUAGCGCCCCCGCCAUUGAACUAUUAGCCAAAGGGACCUCUCAAGGUCACAAGAUCCUCGAUCUGUCGUCUCUGCAAACCUUGAUCGUGAACACGAACGCCCGGGGUGAUAUCGCUGUGGCCCAGGAGGUCAUAAAUCAGGCGGGCGAUUCUCUUGAAGAACUGUACAUCGGUCCUCGUCGCCAGGAAAUCUCAAGUGAGCUAGCCCUCGUUUCUCGGCCAGCCUGCAUUAUCACUGACCAAGCUCUAAACUAA